GGCACCGAAGGGGUCGUAAAGGCGGCGGUGGUUCAGAGGAGUGUGGAGAUUAGAUUGGUGUGUUCGAGCGGAGCGAGAGAGUGAACUCGGAUUAAACACAAACAGAGGAAGAAAGAGAGGGAAGAGAACCGCGGAGGAGCAAAUACUACAGGAGAGAGAGAGAAAAAGAGAGAGAGAAAAUGAGAAUGUGUUGUUCGGGCUGAGUUCUUCUCGCUGUUUUUGGAUUCUAUUCUGGAAGAAUCGCUAACGCAGUGCACUUCAGAAUCAUGCUCUGCUACGCUACGCUAAGCUGCUCCAGUGAUUAGCGGUCUGCCCGGCCGACCUAAGGUGAUUCUGACCCCUAGGAAGGAAAGUUGAUGCAAAAACUUGAAUUAAAUCUUGGGAGUCUUGGCCUCAAUCAUGGGGACAGUGGUUCCUGAGCCGGACGACACUGACCGACAGCUUCACUCUCAGCAUGGAUUGCUGCUCUAGUUGACCCAAUCGCUAAUCACGAUGAAGCAGAUAACAAGGAUGAGACGGUGGCAUUGAGGAAGACCGAAGCGUGCUGAUCAUCCUUGUGUCACAGCGUGUCAGCAGCAUGUUGCGCUUAGUUUCGCUGAAGUUUGCCCGCGUCUACCGGUGCGGAAAGUUCCUGUUCCUGGUGGCCCUGUUCAUCAUCCUGCUCAUGAACACCCACAACCUCUUAGCCUCCUUUCAGAGGAACGAGCUCGUGGACCGACGCUUCAUCGGCCUUAACAAGUGCCCGGCCUGUUUUGGGACCAGCUGGUGCCGCAAGUUCAUGAACGGUCAGGUCACGUUUGAGACCUGGGGGCGGCUGCGCUUCCUGGACUUCUUCAACGUGAAAAACGUCUACUUCGCACAGUACGGAGAGCCGCGGGAGGGCACGCGGCGGGUGGUGCUCAAACGCCUCGGCUCCAACCAGGAACUUGCAGAGAUUGAUCAGAAGAUAUGCAAAAGAGCUACAGGAAGGCCUCGCUGUGACCUCAUUCAGGGCAUGUACAAAACCGAGUUCGCUCGACUCAACGGCGACGUACGGUUGCUAACUCCGGAGGUGGUGGAGGGCUGGUCGGACCUGGUGCACUGCCCCUCCCAGAGACUUCUGGACAGGGUGGUUAGGAGGUACGCCGAGACCAAGGACUCUGGAAGCUUCCUUUUGAAGAACCUGAAGGACACUGAGAGGAUGCAGCUACUGAUGACGUUGGCGUUUAACCCCGAGCCUCUGGUGCUGCAGAGCUUCCCCUCAGACGAGGGCUGGCCGUUUGCGAAGUACCUGGGUGCGUGCGGGCGCAUGGUGGCGGUGAACUAUGUUGGUGAGGAGCUGUGGAGCUUCUAUAACGCACCGUGGGAGAAGAGAGUGGAUCUGGCCAAGCAGCUGAUGGACAUCGCCGAGCAGCUCACCAACAACGACUUCGACUUCGCCCUGUACCUGCUGGACGUCAGCUUCGAUAACUUCGCCGUGGGGCCUCGAGACGGGAAGGUGAUCGUGGUGGACGCGGAGAACGUCAUCGUGGCGGAUAAGAGGCUGAUAAAGCAGAAUAAGCCGGAGAACUACGACGCCUGGUACGAGAGCCGAUCGGAGGAGUGCGACAAGGAGGCCUGCCUGUCUUUCUCCAAGGACAUCCUGUGCUCGCGGGUCACCGUGGACCACAACUAUUAUGCCAUCUGCCAGAACUUGCUGUCGCGCUUCGCUACGUGGCGCGGCACCACCGGGGGGCUCCUCCACGACCCGCCCGCCGACAUGACGAGAGACGGGCGUCUCGUCUCGCUGCUGGACGAGUGCACCAGGCCUCAGAAGCGCUACGGUCGCUUCCAGGCAGCUAAGGAACUGCGGGAGUAUCUCACGCAGCUGACAGAGCAGCUAGCUAAUGCUAGCAGGUAGUACAUGCUAAAGGAGGGAAAGUAGGGGGCGCUGGACUUCCCUUCUUUUCCUGCUUUCAAACACAGACUCGUCCCUGUCGGACUCGGCUUUGUAAAGCGACAGCAGGCAGUGGAACAUCCUAUUAGGAUAAAAAGAAAAGGAAAUGUUGAGUUUGUUGCCGACCGGACGCUUCUAGCUUUGAACGAGGCCGAGCUCGAGGCUAAUUAAAGUUAGAGUUUUUGCACAUGGGCUCGGAUGAGAGGCCUGGACAAAGACUGAAAGCAAGACUGGGAAACUGUAUGUGCGAGUGUGUAAGUGUGUGUGUACGUGUAUGUAUGCGUGUGUGUGUGUAUGAUGCUGUUGAGCCGAUGCUAAUGUGGAAGCCUUGUUAGCAGUAAUGGGCGUGUGAUACGAGUGGGCUUCAGUCAGCCUCGUCUGGGCUCUGAUCAGGAUCCUCUAAUGAGGUUUAUGUUUAAUUUAUAGAGCCCUGUGCGGCGGAGCGACCCCAAAGCAGCAGCCCAUGUUCACAAGUGACACGUGGAACUUUUUUUUAUUAUUAUUAUUAUUAUUAUUAUUGUUACUAUUAUUAUAAUUUUUCCCAGUCGUUAUUGUGAGAUCUGUUAUUUCCUUUGUAGGCUAAAAAAAAAAAGAAAAGAAAAGAGAAACAUCGUUGGGCAUUGAAAGUGUUGCUCAUCUUCAUUCGGAAGAAUUGAAUAUAUUUAAUCAGUUAUAAACAAAGAUUCAGCUUAAAAGGAACCCUGGUCACGAUUGGAGACGGUUGAAUGUUGGGUCUCGUGGACGUAUAAAAGUAUAAAAUCCAGAAAAGAAAAGGGAUUCAGCGGCAACUUUGCCCAACUUUGCCCAACUUUGCCCAACUUUGCCCAACUUUGCCCAACUUUGCGCAACUUUGCCCAACUUUGCGCAAGUAUGCAAGAACAGAUACCAAAGAAUACUCCUGAUUCAGUUUUUUCUCUUUUGUCAUUUUGACCCAAGAUGGGUCCAAAGGUUAAGCACAGCCUUCUUUCCAGUCUGCUUUCACAUUUAACCCGUUUUAGUUUUGUUUUAGAGUCCUGUAUGUGUGCUGUAUACAGUAUUGGGCAAUUUUUUAGGCACCUGUGGGAAUUUUAAGUAAAGAAAAAGCUUCUUAUCUGUGAAGUAAUUGUUUAAUUAGCUUAAUAAAACUUAAACUAGCAUUACAAUAAAUACAAACAGCAAAUUUACAAAAAGCAGUUACAGCUUUUACAGCCCUGUUUUAUUUAAAGCAUCUCCUAAUCUGUCCUCCUCAUCUGAUUUUAAUUUCUAGAAAGUUAGUUCUAUUUCUAGUUCAUAUUAAUCAACACCUGGUUUGUUAAAUUUUGGUAAAAUCUGGUAAAUCAGGUGAGCUGCUGAUGGAACUGAACAUAAUAUAUAUAUAUAUAUAUAUAUAUAUAUAUAUAUAUAUAUAUAUAUAUAUAUACUCAUGCUGGCUGAGGAUCAUCCAGGAGAAAUCUGCACUCUCUACACUUUGUUCUUCAGAUUCAGGCUCACAGGAUAAAACAUACUUAAAAAUAGUCAAAAAUAAGAAUUCCUUGUUAUGUUUACUGUAUUUAUGUUUACUUGCAUCUGUUUAAAUCAUAUUUCCUGCUUUUUUCAGGUGAUAACACUUAAUUGUAGUUUGCUUUGGUGCCUAAAACGUUUGCACAGUACUGUAUGUAUGUGUUUUCUCUCUGUUAUUUUGGACCAAUACAGUUGAGUUGUUGUUCGUGUGUGUGGGCUCUCCUGAUUAAUUUGUCGAGGUACACUUGCACUACAAAUAACAAGCAUCGCGUUUACAGAAACAAAUUGCACUACAUGUCAGAGAUUGUCUCCUUAACAUGCGUCGCUGCAAAACACGACAUCCUGGCAAGAAAGGCAUUUUUCACAUCUGUCUGGACCUAAAUUGAGGUUCUUGUAUUUGUUACAUUAAUGGCACAUCUCAAAAAAAAUAGAAUAUCAUUAAAAAGUUACUUUUUUAUUUCAGUGAUUCAGUUCAAAAUGUGAAACUCAUAUAUUAUAUAGAUGUAUUACACAUCUAUAUUACACAUACAGCAGAUGUAAAACCCGCAAAUCAGUGUCUCAGAAAAUUAGAUUAUUAUAAAAUAUCAAUUGGUACUUUUGGCAGUGUGGGCAGUGUGCCAAAUCCUGCUGGAAAAUGAAAUCUGCAUCUCCAAUUGGCUUAACUAAUUAGUCAGAACUAUUUUAUGCAUUUUUUUAUACAUUUUUUGAAAUGCAUUAUUAUCCAGUACUUUUAAAGUUAAUGUCUGUGGUCUUUCUCACACUUUAAAACUAUGAGUCACAGUAUUUGAUGUCCUCUUUCCGAGACUCCGUGUUUUGCAGCGUUCAGGACUUUGGAAAGUUGUGUAGUGAAUUUAUUUUGAUUUAUUGUUCUUGAAACGUGCUUGAAAAGUUUUUUGUUUUUUUUUGUGGGCAAAAAGUUUUUCCGACGCCUGGGUUGAAUGUUAUGUUAAUUUUGUCAUUUGUGCUCCUGUUGUGUUUUUUUGUUAAGAUUUCUUUUCUUCAUCAUUCUCAGCGUUUUCUAGAUUUAUUUGUUUUGUUUUUUUUGGUUUGUUAUUCUAGGCGACACGCAGCUCCUGUUUAUUUGUCUUCUGACUGGUCUUCUGUUUGAGUUAUGUUUAAGAGGCUACUCAGUAGUCUGGUCUUACUGUGCCUUCCAGUCUGAAAGUUGUAUUUACAACUGGGCAAGAACUUCAGAAUAUUAAAGUAUAUCUAUAUUUA